AGACGACAGAGUACUGAGCACGACAACAUGAAAGCGUUCGUUGUGGAUGUAGUAGCAGUAUUCAUUUGUAUUUUCUUGUGUUGUAUCUUGUUCUCUUUGUAUGCCAUGUACAAAAGRCAGAAACUCAAGAAUAAUCAAAUCCUUCAGUUACCCCUUCCAAGUGAGUUGAGAAAAAAUCGCGUACCGGUCAUUGAAAGCACGCCAUUUUGGGUUCCAAGCUACAUAGGUCACAUGGUCGAUAUUCAGGUACAACCCUCUUUGGAUAAUUUGGGACCYAAGUUUUCUACUCCAAAACCUAAACGAAAAAAGGUCAGCGAGCAGAUCGAAAACCCACAGCUGAAAUUUUCUGUUAAAUACAUCGCGAGAAGUUACAGAUCUGCUUUGAUGGUUGAAUUACUUGAAUCCAAACAUCUCGGCAAAGGUAAUCUAGUGCACGAUGUAUACCUUGAGGAAUCAGUGCCCGAAGCUUCAUUUCUCUCGGAGACGGGAGUCUUCUCCGCAGUUGAGUUGUCGCCAACGGUGCAUAAAGAUKCAAGGAAGCAAGUAGUGAGAAGAACGCGUAAGAAUUCUUACGAGUUCGAGAUGAGCUACGAGGAUUUACAAUUACAGUGUCUUCAGUUCAGCGUCAUGGCGUUUGAUGAAUAUUCAAGACAAAAGGUUAUAGGAGAUGUUAUUUUGCCAAUGGCUGAUCUCACCUCACAAGGCUUGGAUGUUACGAGAGAAUUGAUCAUGUGGAGAGAGAUACAGACUAUGGAAAAGAAGGCAUCUAUGAGURCUGAACAAAGAGACGAAAAUCAAAAUCUGAUUGAGGCAAGAAUAGAUGAAAUAGGUGACAAGCCGGCCCCAUCAGAGAGUACAUCACGCCGGUGCAGCCCUUCAUGACGAGGUCUUCGUCUAUGCAGUUCUUUUUCUUUCGGCUUUCUUCUUCUAGAUAGUAUCAAUUUGCAAUUGCUGWUACAGCAGAAUUCUUGGCGAAGAAUAGCUUGUGAACCCGGGAGUCACUCUCAAAUAAUACCAAAUGGUCAAACUAUAACUGAUCCGGCUACAAUCAUAGCUCAGCUCGAAAGAAAAUCUCUCGAGAAGAAGAAGUUUAAUAUGAUUCUAUAGUGGGUACAGUUGAAUGUUUUGUUUUCUAACUUGAAUGUUUUAGUUAAUAUCAAAAUAAAUAAAAGCAAUUUUCACUAAAAGCAAAAUACAUGAAAGUUUAAUAAUAUUGCAGUCUACGUUUGAAGAUCCACACGCAUAUUUUUCCGGCAUCAUGCAUAUCCAAACAUAUUUUUGGCUGCUGCAGACGAUCCUGUACUGAGCUAAAAUUUAGUCGUUUUCGAAUCUUCAUCAGCUUAAUUGUACAACUGGUGGUACAACAUUGGAAAACUAAGCUCUUUACUUAAUCAGUUCCAUGAACUUUCUUCAAACUUGCCACACGCCUGWUGAGAUGAUCUUUUAUAAACUUGCCAGUGUAGUGUCUAAGUUCGAUCUGAUCAUGCAGACGAUCAAAUCUAUACGUAGCACAGCAAUACUGUAUUUUCCCGAAGGCAGUGAACAAAUGAAACUCCCAAUGCGAAAGAUCCUGAGAUUAAGCCAAGUAAACCAAGAAGAAYUAGUAAUUCCACCAUCUCGACUCACACUAA